CCCGGCUCAGGGGUCCCCUUGCUCAGCGCGCGCAGCGCUGGGUCCGGCCCGUCGGCUCCGAGUCCGCGCUGCCCCCGAGGCGAUGCUGCUGCCCCCGCUGCGGAGAGCGCUGCUGGGCGGCCCGCGCGCUGGGCUGCGAUGGCAACACCGUAUAGCUGUAGAGGUGACCAACGAACCCAUUCUGGAGUUCAAGCAGGGCAGCCCAGAACGAGCGGCGCUUCAGAAGGCGCUAAACGAUCUGAAGGGCAAGACGGAGGCCAUCCCGUGCGUGGUGGGGGGAGAGGAGGUGUGGACGUCGGACGUCAGGUUCCAGUUGUCGCCGUUCAACCACUCGCACAAGGUGGCCAAGUUCUGCUAUGCGGACAAGGACUUGCUUAACAAAGCCAUCAAUGCCGCCAUGGCCGUGCGGAAGGAGUGGGACCUGAAACCCGUCCAGGAGAGGGCACAGAUCUUCUUCAAGGCGGCCGACAUGCUGAGCGGCCCGAGGCGAGCGGAAAUGCUGGCCAAAACCAUGAUUGGGCAGGGCAAAACCGUCAUGCAGGCGGAAAUCGACGCAGCCGCGGAGCUGAUCGAUUUCUUCCGAUUCAAUGCCAAGUAUGCGCUGGAGCUGGAGAACUCUCAGCCCAUCAGCGUCCCCAUCAGCACCAACAGCAUGGUCUACCGGGGGCUGGAGGGCUUUGUGGCAGCUGUUUCGCCCUUUAACUUCACUGCGAUUGGUGGGAACCUGGCAGGGGCUCCGGCUUUGAUGGGAAACGUGGUCUUGUGGAAACCCAGCGACGCCGCCAUGCUGUCCAACUUCACCAUCUACAGGAUCCUCCUGGAAGCUGGUCUCCCUCCAAACGUCAUUCAGUUCGUCCCAGCUGACGGAGCUGUUUUUGGAGACACGGUCACAAGCUCUGAGCAUUUCUGCGGGCUCAGCUUCACGGGCAGCGUGCCAACCUUCAAGCACCUUUGGAAGCAGGUGUCGGAGAACCUGGAUCGGUACCGCACCUUCCCGCGCCUGGCAGGAGAGUGCGGCGGGAAGAACUUCCACUUCGUGCACAGCUCAGCCGACGUGCCCAGCGUGGUGAACGGGACCCUGCGCUCGGCCUUCGAGUACAGCGGCCAGAAAUGCUCGGCCUGCUCCCGCCUCUACGCCCCCGACUCGCUGUGGCCCCAGAUCAAAGCGAAACUGUUGGAGGAGCACGGGAAGAUCAAAGUGGGAGACCCUGCCCAGGAUUUCGCGACCUUUUUCUCAGCUGUGAUCGAUGACAAGUCUUUUGCACGUAUUAAGAAGUGGAUCCAACACGCCAAGUCGUCGCCCAACCUCAGCAUCCUGGCGGGGGGGACAUGCGACGACACCGUUGGGUAUUUUGUCGAGCCGUGUAUCGUGGAGAGCAAAGACCCAAAGGACCCCAUCAUGGAAGAGGAAAUUUUUGGCCCAGUCCUGACUGUGUACGUCUAUCCAGAAAAGCAGUACAAGGAAAUCCUACAGCUCAUAGACACCACGUCCCCCUAUGGCCUCACGGGGGCAGUGUUCGCCCAGGAUAAGAACGUCAUCCAGGAAGCGAGGACGCUUCUGAGGAAUGCAGCUGGCAACUUCUACAUUAACGAUAAGUCGACUGGUGCAAUUGUGGCCCAGCAGCCAUUUGGGGGUGCCCGUAUCUCAGGAACCAACGACAAACCCGGCAGUCCCUACUACCUCCUGCGCUGGACGUCUCCCCAGGCCAUCAAGGAGACCCACGUCCCCCUCGGAGAGUGGCAGUACGCGUACAUGCAGUGAUCGCGGCCCAGCGCCUUCCAUGCUGGGAGAACGCCCUCUUACUACUGACUCCCAACGCAGAGCGGAGUUGCCGAUCUCAUUGCCAAGCUACGGCUCUAAUAGUAUUUAAAGCAUUUUGUUUUUUUCAAACAAAAUUUAACAGACUGUUACCCAGCAACAAGAGCAGCCCUUGUGAUUUCUCAAGCCUGAUGUAGAGGAUUAGUCUAAAGCAGGGUUUUUCUGUAGGCUGCAGUUUGUUCACAGUCCUCUAGCAGGAGGAGGCUGCUCAUCAAGGUACCUUAGAACAACUAGACUAGAAGAGGAAUGCAGCAGCAAGAACCAGAUGCCUGCGAAACAGUAGAGGAGAAACGUUCUGGCAAGAAUUAGAUAACGGGGAUUCCUGCUGAUCUGUGCUAAACAAAUCCAUGAAGCUUGCCCUCCCACUCCACAUCCCAUAGAAUCAUAGAGGAACAUGCCCGUGGAGAUGUUCUUGUCCAUUUCCCCCCAUACAUUGGUCUAUGCAUGAUGGUGGUUUUCCAUCUAGAUCUCAGGGACAGAGCAUCUCCUGCUGCAGGUAUGAAGCCAGUGCCCAGUCUGCCAUUGGAGAGGGAACAAAUCAUGUUCUUUAAAGGGCUUGGCCAUACAAACACUUAUUUCUCCGCAAGCUGUGGUGUAAAUCUACCCUGUACAAGCCUGCUGGGCACUAAGUGUCUGUGUGGACCUUGCUGCUGCCUGCUAAAAAUUCCCUACUGUGCUUUAAUCUACUCCAAGUGGGGGUAGAUCUAAGCUCUGCAGGAAACUUUUAGUGCAUGGUAGAUUUACAGCCCAGCUUGCCAUAAGCUAAGUGUUUGUGUGGACAAGCCGUGUGUUUUAUCAUCAAACACUAGGUGAUAGAGCGCCUCGCAUUAACACUGCUGCUGUAAAACCUUGGCGGAGUUUAGAGGGAAGAGGCAUUUAGGGAAAGUUAAUGCAUGAAAACAGCAACUGAGUUGAGAGUGGGAAGAGCCCUUGUCUUCCAACUCUGUCCAGCCUUUUUUAAAAGCAGCCUGUAACUCCCAUGUCCCUCUCUGCCAGAACUGGGACCAGUUUUGCUUUCUCCCCCUGACCUGAGCUUCCUGAAAUCAUUAAAGUAAGAGCUAUGUGACUUGUACUGGAGCAGAUAAUGGCAUUAACAGGAUGGCCUUGCCUCUGUUCCUUUCAGAGCUGUAUUAUUUUCCAAACACUUGUUGUUAGUUUAAUGCAUGGGCCAGGUUACAAAUCAUGCUUGUUAGUUAAGAAGCCCUAUUCCGGGGAGUAGGGGGAAAUGUAUGUGAACUCUGGCAUGAAUCGAUCCAGAGAGCUACACCCCUGGACUCUAGCUGCGCACUUUCCCAGAGUUCCUUGCUGUUAAGAUCCAAGGCUUUAGUUUGGCUUAGGCGCUGGUGACAGUAGCUCUGUUUUGCAUGUCGCACUGAGGGGAUGCUGGUAUUGUGCCUACCUCCUGGCUAUUUUGCUAUUAAACCCUUUGAUUUAAAAAGUGAUUCAGUGCUAGGCACGUGUUUCACAUUAGUACGGUCACUAGCUGUGCUAAGCCAAGCCAAUGGCAAGGGUUAGCCAUACAAAUACUAUUUUGCAACUGCGUCAGGACUAGGUGCAUUAAGACUUUUUAGGUCUGCGAUUCAAUAGCAGCUAUCCAGUUGGGCAAGCUACUCCCUGGUGAGGUUACCUGAAUGGAUCUAGAGAGCAUCUCCUUUUCCCUGGCGUGGGUCUCAUGUUACUAACAAGUGCGUGGCAGCAGGAAUCUUAUCGACUGCUCAGAGGAAAAGCGAUCUGAUCGCAAUGUUGAGAGUCCAUUUUGCCUCUGUUGGCCUUAGCCGCUUGCGAUGUGUACAGAGAACACCCCUGACUGUAUGUUCCUGUACAGCAUGGGUGACACAUACCCACCUGUUCUGAGGCGCAAAACUGCUCUAAAUUGCAAAUGCUACUGCAGUCUUAUGAGAAGGUUCUUACAACGUGUCCACUGAGCACUCGUAUCCAACUUUCCACGUCCUGAUUGGACAAGACAGUUAGAAUGUUCCUUCAAUAGCAAGCUGUUACGGGUGACAGUUCCACAGCCAGAAUUGUGAAACUGUAAAUGACUGACAGUACGGACGUUACUUGUCUGAGGUGCACAGUCAGUUAAAUGUUAACCUCUACUGUGCCUUGGCUAGUACUUAGCUUUCAGGUCAAUAACUGCUCACUGCCACUGAAGUCAAUAUCCACUUAUUGCAAAGAUCAAAUGCUGAAUCAUGAGACGGAAA